GUUGAGCAAAACUACAAAAAAUAGGCUGUCCAUCGGUUUUCUUAUGGUCAGCUGUGGAUGGGCCAAUUUGCUUCCACAGCCGCCGGAGCUCAAAAUCACAACCACCGGAAAAAAUCCGGCUCUACUGCUAUGGUUACGCCGAUGCAGAGCACUGAAAAAUCCGACGACGUUAUAGGCGACGGCUUAUCCGAUUAUUCAUUUAACAUUCCCGAUGAGUGUUUGGCUGUCAUUUUCCAGUCUCUUAACGCCGGCGACCGCAAGCGGUGCUCCCUCGUGUGCCGUCGGUGGCUCCAGAUCGAAGGACAGAGCCGGCACCGUCUCUCGCUGCGCGCUCAGACGGAGCUCGCCACCGCGAUUCCUUCGAUUUUCUCGCGAUUCGAUUCGGUGACGAAGCUCGCGUUGAAAUGCGACCGCAGAUCUGUGAGUAUCGGCGACGACGCUUUGGUUCUUAUUUCGCUUCGAUGCCGCAAUCUCACUAGGUUAAAGCUGCGGGCGUGCCGGGACCUUACCGACGCCGGGAUAGAAGCUUUUGCGAAGAACUGCAACGUUUUGAAGAAGCUUUCCUGUGGAUCCUGCAGUUUUGGAGCUAAAGGCAUGAACGCCGUAUUCGAUAACUGCUCGUCUCUCGAGGAAUUAUCAGUCAAACGGCUGCGCGGUAUUGCAAACGGUGCUAUGGCCGAGCCAAUCGGCCCCGGCGUGGCCGCCGGAUCGCUCAGAGUUAUUUGCUUAAAGGAGCUUUACAAUGGCCAGUGUUUUGGACCGUUAAUUACUGGAUCGAAGAAUUUGAAGACUCUAAAGCUCUUAAGGUGUUCCGGUGAUUGGGAUAAGAUUCUGGAAGCGAUUUCCGAUCAAAUCACCGGCCUAGUUGAGGUUCAUGUGGAGAGGCUUCAGGUAACUGACGCUGGCCUUGCUGCAAUUUCAAAUUGUUCAAAUCUUGAGAUUUUGCAUCUGGUAAAAACUCCCGAAUGCACAAAUAUUGGAUUGAAAAAUGUUGCUGAACACUGUAAAUUCCUCCGGAAACUCCACAUUGAUGGGUGGAAAACGAAUAGGAUAAGCGAUGAAGGGCUGCUUGCUGUGGCAAAUCACUGCCCGAAUUUACAGGAACUGGUUUUGAUUGGGGUUAAUCCGACGCUUGUUAGUUUAGAGAAACUCGCUACGAAUUGUCUAAAUUUAGAAAGAUUAGCUCUCUGUGGGAGCGAGACUGUGGGGGAUUCCGAGCUCUCCUGCAUUGCUGUGAAAUGUAUUGCGUUGAAGAAGCUUUGUAUUAAGAGUUGCCCCAUAUCGAACUCGGGAAUGGAAGCACUUGCUAGCGGGUGCCCGAGUUUGAUCAAAGUGAAGGUUAAGAAAUGCAGGCUGGUGACUUCCGAGGCUGCGGAUUGGUUGAGGGCUAGUAGGGGUUCGCUUGCUGUGAAUUUGGAUACGGUUGAGGUGGAGAAUAAUCCCGAUGGGGCUGCUAGCGAUGACGGUGUGUCUGAAGCUGGUCAAGAGAACCGGCAGGUGGGUGGCCAAGUUGGCGGUGGUGGUGGUGGUGUUAAUAUUGCUUCGAACAGUACAAGGAGGUCAAAUUCGUUGAGGGCGAGGCUGGGACUUCUAACGGGGAGAAAUUUAGUUGCGUGUACGUUCAGAAGGUGGUCAAGCUUUGGCGGGAGUUCCAGGAAUAACUAGAGAACCCGAGAAGGAACUGAUUGAUAUGAAAUGAAGCAAGAAAGAAGAGCAUUCUUGACCUGUUCCAACCAUUCUGCCUUUUUAGUUAAUUUUUAUUUUUAGUCUCUGCAUUUCACCUUCAUAUGCUUCUUUUUUGCCCCUUCCAUACAUUACAUCUCUAUGAUUAAGAACCGUAGAAUGAUUCGAUAACAUAUCCACUAAACCAAUGCUUAUCUUUUCGAUGUUAUGCCCCUUAAGAUCCCGGGUGGAUGAGUUUUAAGUGGGCAGUGGUUCUUACUAGUUUUCAAUUUCAUUCGAGAAACUAGUUAUCACAAAUUCGUGUGGUGGAGUCGUUUCAGAGUAUCUAUUUUGAUUCGAGAGAAUCGAGAGUGGUUUUCAGUGCU